AUGGCCAAUGACCACAUCCUCACGCUGUCCUGCCCGGACAAGCCCGGCAUCGUGCACGCCGUGACGGGCAUCUUCGCCGCCAACAAGCACAACAUCCUGGACCUGCAGCAGUUCAGCGACCCCGUGUCCGACCGCUUCUUCAUGCGCGUGCACUUUGGCCCGACCGAGUCCGAGUCGACCGAGCACCUGGUCGCGCCCUUCGAGGCCCUCGCCGCCGAGUACACCAUGGACUACGACAUUCGGCCCGUCGCCCGCAAGAUGCGCGUGCUCAUCAUGGUUUCCAAGAUUGGACACUGCCUGAAUGAUUUGCUGUUCCGGAUGAAGACUGGCCAGCUGCGCAUCGAGGUCCCCGUCAUCGUCUCAAACCACCCCGACUACGAGCCCCUCGCCAAGAGCUACGGCAUCGAGUUCCACCACCUCCCCGUCACAAAGGACACCAAGACGCAGCAGGAGUCGCAGGUGCUCGACCUCGUCAAGCAGCACGGCAUCGAGCUCGUCGUGCUCGCGCGCUACAUGCAGGUGCUCUCGCCCACGCUCUGCGCCGCCAUGUCGGGCCGCAUCAUCAACAUCCACCACAGCUUCCUGCCGUCCUUCAAGGGCGCCAAGCCCUACCACCAGGCCUACGACCGCGGCGUCAAGAUCAUCGGCGCCACCGCCCACUUCGUCACCGCCGACCUCGACGAGGGCCCCAUCAUCGAGCAGCGCGUCGCCCGCGUCGACCACAGCAUGAACGCCAAGGAGCUGUCCGAGGAGGGCUCCAACGUCGAGAGCAACGUGCUGGCCGCCGCCGUGCGCUGGUACGCCGAGCGCCGCCUGUUCCUCAACGGUUCCAAGACGGUCGUCUUCAACUAA